UUUUUGAAAAAAAAAAAAUUGGGGGAAAAAACAACAGCUUAACUAGGCAUUCUGAUUGCAUGAUGUUACGGGCUAGCUGUGACAUGUCUACACCGCCUUUCACCCACUUGUGAAGCGCGAACUCGUGAUUGAAGAUGGCAUUGACUCAAGCAAGCAUUUCUCUUGGCAUUAUUUUUUUUUAAAUUAAAUUAAACAUUGCAAUCUAUCCAGAAGAAAUGAAGAAACUAAUAGUGGAGAAUUAGACAAGCUCUUAUCCGAAUCACAAGAAAGAUGAUGUACUGCUAUAAGCUAUGACCAAUGUCUAAUCUUUCGCCUAAGAACCUGAACCUCAGAAUGUGGCAACAUAUGUUCUGGAAAUCUAAAAAUUGGAGUGUCACCAGAGCAUGCUUACCAUUGUCUUUCAAUGCUGCAAUCCUUAUCAAGAGACACAAACAAGACACUGGCCCCAAAACACCCCUAUAAAAAGAAAACUACAUGAAGAGCUACCUGAUUUGGAAACCACUGUGCAGUUCAUUAUGUAUAUUGGUCUAGUCAUCUGAAUGCUCCAACAUCAUAAUGAGAACGAAGAAAAAGAAGAACCAUAACAAUAUAUGUGUUCACAGGAGCAACUUGUAGAGUUGCAUAGACACCUUUUUUUAAAGAGUCUCAUCAAGAUAUUUUAUCAUGUUAUCUUAUCAAUCUUGGGAAAAUCCAUGUAAAAUGACAUUCAAGAUUUUGAAAUAGAUAUCAAAUUGUGUUUACAAAGACAUCUGGAGAAUAAUUCACUUAAUUUCAAUUAUGGACGACAGGAAGCAAAACUUGAAUGAACUCAGAACUGUCAUUAAAACUGAGAAGAUAGAAAGGUCUCUGCCUUUAGAGACACUGGAAAACAGUUUAACUGGUCACAUUUUCAAAUUUAUUUUAAAGGAAGAAGCAGAGACAUCUGAAGAACUAAUACACCCAAUGUUGGAUGACAUAAAAGAAAACUUCACUAAUGAUAUAAAAAAUGCCAUGAAAGUUGAGAAGAUAGAAUCCUCUUUACAUUCAGAGACACCAGAAAUUACAUCCACUGAUCAUACUGUUGAAGAGAGACAGUCAUAUGAAGAACAAAGUCACUCAGUGUUGGAUGACAUUAAACAAGACUUUACAAAUGAUCUCAAAAAUGCCAUAAAAAUUGAGAAGACAGAAUCCAUUUUACAUUCAGAGACACCAGAAAAUAUUUCCACUGGUCAUACUUUAGAACAAUUUUUAGCAGAAGAGAAACAGAAAAAAAUGGUAAAUAAGAAUCAAGAAUGGACUUUAAACCAAGAUAUGUAUGCUAGAAACACCAAGAAAGAUUGGUAUGCUCGAAACUUAAAUGAUGAGGGAGAAUUUUCUUAUUACAAAAGAACCAACCAGCUGGUUUGUGCAGAGAAAAAAUCUGAACAAUUUCAAAUGGGUACAGAAAAAAUCUCAACUUCAUUAAAAGUAAAAAAAAAAAAAAAUGAAUCACUUAAGUAAGAAGCCAUUUAAUUGUAAAAUAUGUCAGAAAGAAUUCAAACAGUCUUGGCACUUAAAAACCCAUGAACUAAUUCAUUCUGGUGAAAAGCCAUUUAAAUGUAAAAUUUGUCAAAAAGAAUUCAAUCAGUCCUCCAUAUUAAAACGCCAUGAACUAAUACAUUCUGAUGAAAAGCCAUUUAAAUGUAAAAUUUGUCAAAAAGAAUUCAAUCAGUCCUCCUACUUAAAAUCCCAUGAACCAAUACAUUCUAGUGAAAAGCUUUUUAAAUGUAAAAUUUGUCAACAAGAAUUCACUAAGUACUUAUUAUUAAAACGCCAUAAUGUAAUACAUUCUAUUCAAAAAUGUAAAAUUUGUCAAAAAGAAUUCGAUCAGCCCUCUGUGUUAAAACGCCAUGAACUAAUACAUUUUUGUAAAAAGCCAUUUAAAUGUAAAAUUUGUCAAGAAGAAUACAAAUAUUCCUACGCCUUAAAAUGCCAUGAGUUAGUUCAUUUUAGGAAAAAUCCUAUGUAAAAUUUGUCAGAAAGAAUUUAUUGAUUCUUCAAGCUUAAAAUACCCUGAAAUGUUUCAUUCUUAUAAAACAUACAAGUGUGAUGUGUGUCAAAAAAUUUUAUUCACUAUAUCAUAUUUAACAUACCAUCUGGCAUGUCAUUAUGGAAUAAAUAUUAAACUUUUUAAAGUCA